AGUAAAUCAUUUUUUCUUCAUUUAUUUUCUUCAUCUCUCCUCCAUAUUAGAGUCACAGGGGUCAGCUGAAGCCAUCCUCUGUACUGGUCGCCAGCCCAAUACAUUAAUAAUUCCUGAAGGGACAUUAAAUAUGGCCGCAGUUUGAGUCACUCAACAGAAAUGUUUAAGGCAGUGAGGUGGUUUGGACAGUUUUCAUGGAUGACUGCAGCCACAGCCAGGAAUUAUCAAAAAAAAAAAAAAAAAAGACUGAGUGAGAACACUGAAAAAACUAAAGCAAAUCCCCUUGGUGACAUUAUGUUAGCGUUGCAGGAGACCUGGCGGCAGUAAUCCACACACACUAGUCUCUGUGGCAACUUCAUGCAUGGCUGAAGGCCGACAUUGUGCAUCACACUGCAUUGAAAAGAGAACGGACAGAGUGGGGGGUCUUGGUUUUAAUGCUCUGCAGGGGGGCAGCUAAGAUUACAUGAGAGGGAAUCUGGGUGAUGACACUGUUUCUAAGUAGCAGCUGAGCGCACCUGCCCUCCACCUCUGUGGAGGAUGGGGUGGUAACCUGGAGUCCAACGGACCGACGAAGGAGAGUCGGGUCUGCCCUUGGGGGGUUUCAUGUGAAUCAUCGGUGUCGGGUUUCCUGAUUGUUUCAGAGGAAACUGGAGGUUGAUAGUGGAUCAGAGGGCACUUUGGGUUUUCUGUGAAGCUGGAUCCAGAUCAAGCACUCGGACAAGUGAAGAAACCCCACCCCAUGAUGGACGUGGAGUAAAGAGCGAACAGCCUCUCUGUCACUCAUCUGAUGACUCCAAGCAUGCAGCUGACUUCAUAUCUGACAGAGAGAAGAUCUGCAUUUGUGCUGCUUUGAUUAAAGGAUCACUCGUCUGUCCGUCAGGAGUGAGAUCAGAUGGAGAAAAAAUAUCCACCAAUUGCAGGGAAAGAAAAAGGACCAGGACCUGGGAGAUAUGGACUUCCCCCCACCAUUGGAUUUAUUGGGCAUGACUUCACCAAAGCGGCCAGCCCUGCUUACUCCUUCCACGGCAGUAUGAGCACAAAGAUGUAUCAUGUUGACUCCAGUCCAGGGCCUCAGUAUCACGUCAGCGCAAAAUUCACCCGCUUUGGAAAGGACGGCACACCUUCGUAUUCCAUGUUGGGUAGAAGGAAACUGCAGAAAGAGCUGUGCCACACUCCUGGACCCGGUGCCUACAGCCCAGAGAAGGCGCCACCAUGCGGCCUCCAGCGUACGCCGCCAUCCUACACGAUGGGCGCCCGCACUCACUACCGCAGCGUAGACCAAGUCCCUGCUCCCAACAAGUACUCGCUGCCUCCUCUCCUGGGCCCUCACAUCCCAAACAAACCAGCCAGCGCAAAUUACACCAUGUCGGGCAGCUACAGCACAGGAGGAGCGUCCGUGGAUUUGGCCAAGACACCCGGGCCGUGCGGUUACAACUGUACGGCCCCCAGCGUUUAUCUGUCCCGACAGCCAGCUUUCUCUAUUCUGGGACGCCCUGGUUUACCCAGAGACGGCACAGAGAGACCAGGACCGGGGGCGUAUAAUCCAGAAAAGGUCACAGUUCACAAGGCCCGGGCCCCCGCCUUCUCCAUGGGAAUCAGACAUUCAGACUUCGUCACGCCGCUAGUGGUCAGUGUUUCUGACUGAGCACCAAACACAAAAGAAAAAGUCAGGACAAGCUCUGUGAUGGGGCAGAAAAUACAAGUUUAAUAAAUAAUAUUUAUUUUCCUGCUUGAGUAACAACAAACUAAGACUCACCGGAUACAGCCCAGCAACAACAGAAACAGCCAACACAACAAAACAUAUAAAGAAGACAGACAUCAAACUUUAUUCU